AUGGUGGUGAAUCUGGAUGAUUGUGAUGGUGGCGUCGCGAUUGUGGUGAAAACGUGCUCUGAAUGGGUAACCGUGGAUCAAGCUGUGGCGUCGGUAAGGAUGGGACACGGUGUUGUGGCUGUGGAGAUGAAAAUGAAGGUGAAGGUGGGAAUGGUGAUGGGUGAGAAGCUCCUUUUCCGUCAACGCACCACAGUCACGGUCUACCUAUAUUGUGUUGCCUUCUCUCCGGACGCUCCUCCUCGCCCUCCCUCUCCUCCAACACACCAAUUCCCCCCAUCAUCUCCAUUUCGGUCGCUGCCGCCUCCGCCGCCGCGGCCACACCCGGGAGGGGCGUGGCGUGGCGUGGCGCGGCGAGGCGGAGUCCCUGGGGGCGGCGACCCGCGCGUUGGGGUCCAAGGACACGCAAGAGCAGGAGGCGCGCUAUAUAAGCGCCCCGGGGAGACCGCGGCCACAUCAGUUGCUUCUCCAGACGAGCAGCGCAUCACCUCUCUCCAACUCACCAUGAAGGCCUUCGCCCCCGUGCCGCAGAAGGCCGAGCCGCAGCCCGCCAAGGACCUGAAGGGCUCCGAGGCCGUGUACCUGGGCUACGGCUACGCCGCGCCCUACGUGGCCUCCUACGCCUACGCCGCGCCCUACGCCUACGCCGCGCCGUACGCCUACGCCGCCCCCUACGCCUACCCCAUCAAAAAGAUUUAUUGGACUACAGAUGAGUCUCUCUAUUCUGAAAUGUCACUUACAGCGAGGAAAUCUUACGCAACAGCAACAACUACUGAUGUUUUUCCGAAGAAAGAACAAGCCAUCGUUAUAGAAGCGAAUGACGGCAUCUCAAUCAAGAAGUACAGCACAGCUUUAGCAGGUAUUGUGAAGCCAUGCAAUGAAGGUCGUCUUGCUAGGGAAUGCCUGUCAGUUCCCUCCAACAAAGAACCUUCAGUAAGUAUUAACUUUGAUCAUAAUGCAGAAAACGCAGAAGAAACAGACAUAACUAUUCAAUCUGUAAAUCCAACUGACAACGAAGAGAAACUAAUUAACUUAUAUGAUGCUUCAAGACAAACAUAUAAGUAA